CUCUCUCUCGUUCGCCGCGGCACACUUUCUCACUCAUCUCUCUCUCUCUCUCUCUCUCUCUCUCUCUCUAAAGUGGCAAGAAGAAGCAGAUAAUCAGAUGAGGGGUUGGAGGGGGAUUCUGGGGUUCGACUACGGCGUCGUGCAGGCGCCGCUCGGCCCCGACAUCUCCGGCCCCGACCUCGUCGCCGCCGUCGCCAACGCCGGCGCCGUCGCCCUCCUCCGCGCCCCCGACUGGGAAUCGCCGGACUACUUGAGAGAGCUAAUUCGGAGGACACGGACCUUGACGAGCAAACCAUUUGGGGUUGCAGUGGUGUUAGCAUUCCCGCAUGACGAAAAUGUGAAGGUUAUUCUGGAGGAAAAGGUUGCUUUACUGCAAGUCUACUGGGGUGAAUAUCCUAGAGAACUUGUAGAUGAAGCGCAUCACGCUGGGGUCAAGGUCUUACACCAAGUUGGCUCCUUUGAAGAGGCCGAAAAAGCAAAGAUAGCCGGUGUUGAUGGAAUUAUUGUUCAAGGUCAUGAAGCUGGGGGGCAUGUCAUUGGUCAGGAGGGACUUAUAUCACUAUUGCCGAGAGUGGUAGAUUUAGUUUCAGAUUGCGACAUUCCAGUUAUUGCUGCUGGUGGAAUUGUUGAUGGUCGUGGGUAUGUCGCUGCAUUGGCCCUUGGGGCCCAUGGCGUCUGCCUCGGAACUAGGUUCCUUGCUACUGUGGAAAGCUUCGCUCACCCUUUAUACAAGCAAAAGCUAGUUGAAAUGGAUAAGACUGAGUACACGAAUAUAUUUGGCCGUUCUAGAUGGCCUGCUGCACCACAUCGUGCCCUGCAAACACCGUUCUUUACUAAAUGGAGGCAUCUACCUGAACACGAGAGUGAGGAGAAUCAGCCUGUAAUAGGCCACUCAUCAAUACAUGGUGUGAAAAAGGAGAUUCGCCGCUUUGCUGGUACUGUUCCAAAUGCGACAACAACAGGUGACAUUGAUAGCAUGGUUAUGUAUGCUGGUCAAGGCGUCGGGCUUAUUAAGGAUAUCCUACCUGCUGGUGAAGUUGUUGAGAGGCUUGUUGAGGAAGCGCGACAAAUCAUCCAGAAGCGCUUUUUAGACUCUGAACAAGCCUGAUACUGCUUCUGGUGGUGGGUGAACAAUGCAAGUAAUGCUUCUGCAUCCCUGGACCACCUAUUCCAUAGCUGUGGCCCUUCUAGUGCAAAAAACCUAUGAUUCCGAGCCAAUCAUUAAUCUCAAAAAUCGCAUUAAAGCUUGCCAUUGCCGCAUCCUCUGAGGUGUUCUUCUCUGCCCUGUAACUUUUGUUUGGUCAUUGGAUUGCUAUGAACUAAGCAUGACCUGCAAUCUCAAUAGCUUUUGUAAAAAGAAGAAAGAAUAAAGAAGGAAAAUGAUUGGAGUGCUAUUCUCAAAGGGACAUGAAUAAGUUUCUUCCAAAGUUAACAAAAA